AUGAAGCGAGAUGUCCCGGUUCUAGGCAUCUUGGUUCUCGCCAUAGUCUGCUUCACUUCACUUGCAUCCUCAGAGUCCACCGACCCGGGAAUCUCAGCAUCACUUCCAGUGGACCGGAAAAAUCCUCGAGAAUGUGAUUGUUUUACCGUGUCCGGCGCGGAUCCAGGAUAUUUCCAACACUACAAGCUCUGGGACUUUCGCUAUGUCCCUCUGAAGAAGCCGGAUCCGAACACACCAGAUUCAGACGAGGACUGGGACGAAUGGGACGUGGCCGAAGAAUCAGACGAAGACGAGUAUGAGCACGAAGACGAGGACGAGGACGAAGUGGAGGAUGAAGAUGAAGAUGAGGAAGAACUUCAAUCACAGCUGGAAUACCCAUCAGAGUCACUCUACUUCUUCAAAACUACCUUUGACAAAGACUGGAUCAGUCAGAAAUGGCAUCGUCCUCGAACUCCCAUCGCACCAGUGACGAUGGUUAAUUCCAAACGAAACGUCUUCUUCACUCGCGCCCCAGACAAAACUGAUCCAAGAGCAACGUAUCUCGUCUUGCGAACUACGCGCCAUACAAACUUCACUUCCACCGCUGAGAUCGAGACUCGGGUGCGCAAUAUCUUUCGCUGUUCUCUACGAGUCCACAUGCGGAUCUUGCCAGCCAGCACCGUCGUUUCACAGCCUCCGCAUUCAAUGUAUCUACCACAAGAUCCGACCCAGCAUGCUAUUGCGGCAUUGAACGAUGGACCGGGGUUCAGAAAUCUCACUGAACUGGGAGAUACUAGUCGACCACCAUCAGGCGCUUGUGUUGGUAUCUUCACUUACCAAGCUAAGAACUGCGAAUCCGAUAUCGAGAUCUUAACGAGUGAUCCCUCUCACCGAGUUAGAUACGCUAAUCAACCGGAUUACGAUCCUCAAACCGAUCAAAUGAUCCCGGGAGCAGCCACAAUUGCAGAUUUACCAGUUCCCUGGACAGGUUGGUCAACCCAUCGCUUGGACUGGCACUCCGAUCGCUCGCGCUGGUACGUGAACAAUAUGCUACAGGAAGAGAAGAGCUACCGUGUUCCGAAUCUUCAAAGCAGAUUGGUGAUUAACCUAUGGAGUGAUGGAGGCGCUUGGACGGGCGAUAUGAAAAUCGGCGAUAGUAUCUACCUCGGUAUUGAUUAUAUCGAACUGGCAUAUAACCGGUCCUCCGAUGGGAAUAGGUGGGGGGAGAUUCCACCGGAUCAGAACCAUGGUGGACAUCAAAUACCAGUUCCUGUUCCACAUCCCAAUACUUCGCUGGCUGAUGCGGAUGUGGAGAGUGGGUUCGAGGGCCAGGACUCGUUCGGGUCGGAGACGGAUAUUGUCACUGGGAUCGUGAAGAAGAAAAAGAAAUGCAAAAAGGGUAAAAAGGGGCGGAAGUGUCGAAAGAAGCAGAGAGAGAAGGAGAAAGAGAGGGACAAAGACAAGCAGAAGCAUGGUAAGGGAGGGCAUAAUGACAAGGGUCCCAAAUGCCAUCGCAUUUGUAACAUUGAUGAACUUCACUUUGGUCAGGUGGAUUGA